CUGCGUAGGACUACUUGGACCAGUUGCUGAAGUUUCGGAGUUGUGAGAAACAUUCCUGGCCCUUUAAGAAAGAAAAACUACCGUUUUUAGCGAUACUCGCAAUUACAUACUGGACGGGUUUUGUAAAAUUUCGCCAUUCCUGUUUAACUAAAGGGCAACACAGGACUGUAGGGAUGUAUACCACUGGAUUGAACCCGUUUUAUCCGUCUAAUUUUAGUCUUUGGUCCGCGUACUGCUCAAGCGGCUUUGCCCUGGAUUCAAUGAAGAAGCCUUCCUUUUGCAUCGCCGAUAUACUGCAUGUUGGAGACGCCGAGAACAUCCCCGGGUCUUCGGCGCUCAUGGCUCAUUUGGGACCUCGAGCGCCGGUUCACGCCUCGGGGUCUCCGCUGCGCCCGUCGCCAGUAGCCCCCGAGGCUUGCGUCUUCGGCUCGCGGGUGAGCCCGGCGUCCCCGUACCACAGACACGGAAUACAUUUGACCUCCGUUUCCAGAGUGACGCUCAAUUCUCAGCAAGCUCCCGCGCCCUCGAGCAAGGACCUCAAGUUUGGAAUUGACCGCAUUUUGUCAACAGACUUUGACCCAAAAUCAAAGGAGACGUCAACGUUAAGAGAUCUCACGUCCAUCGUUAGCGCGAACCGUCAGUCAGGUGUCCAUAUGACCACGCAGUCUGCGGCGAGCCAGUACUUCGCAUCCUUAGACCCUGGGAUCGGCGACCCAUCCGCCAUGUUGAGUUCUAUGGGCAGCGUCGCAAGACACGCAGGGCAGCACCAGUUUCAGGACACCUUUCCAGGUCCGUAUGCGGUCCUUACGAAAGACACCAUGCCACAGACGUACAAACGAAAGCGGUCCUGGUCGCGGGCAGUGUUUUCCAACCUGCAGCGGAAAGGGCUCGAGAAACGAUUCGAAAUCCAGAAGUACGUGACCAAACCCGACAGAAAGCAGCUCGCCGCGAUGCUUGGACUGACGGAUGCUCAGGUCAAAGUUUGGUUCCAAAACAGACGGAUGAAAUGGAGGCAUUCGAAGGAGGCGCAGGCGCAAAAAGAGCAGUCGGAUAAAACGCUGACAGAAACUGACCAGAAGGACCAGGAGUCCGAGUGCGCGAGCGAACCCAGUGAAUCCGAGUUUGAGGACGGCCAGGAAAAAAGUGACGUUGACAUUACAGAGCACAACAAGACGAGCGUCAUCAUGUCCGGUGCUGCCCCUCUGAGUCCAGAGGAGCCGGCAUCAGUCAAUACGAUUACAGAAACCGCGGCGUCAUCGCAAAUAUUGUUAUAAAUGUAAAAAAAAAAAAAAAAGGUUAAAUGUUGUUGUGAUGUAAGUAAUAAUUUAAUAUAAACGCUUUCAUAUCGGUGUAACGAACGAAAAUAAUAUGGUUCAGUCGUAGGUCAAUAGAAAAAGUCUUAAAGGAAAGUGGGCCAAAAUCAUUUGGGUUUAUAUUAUUUGACGUCAAUCAAGCCCCUCACAGUCCAGGAAGGUAUUAGAAAAAUUUCCUUAAUUAAACAGAAAUGUCAUGCUAUAUAUCGUCUCAUGUGGAUCACCUAUUAUAAACAAAGACCUUCCAUAAUAUACCACUUGGUAAAUGUGAUACCCUUUGACUGUCGAUAAAUGUAAUUGUACAAUAUUGUGUCAAUACUUUUUGCACUGAACAUAAUGUAAAUAAAAUGUUUCUUGUUUUCUUGA